UGGGCUUUCCACAGAAAGUGCCAUACUGUGUCUUAAGCAGACCGUCCAAUAUUACACAAAAAGGCAGACGCCGGUGUACGCCUGUUUUCUUGAUCUCUCAAAGGCAUUUGACCUCGUGGUUUAUGAUGUUCUUUGGGGUAAGCUCGAGAAAGCGGGCGUACCUCGGAAUUUGAUAGAAAUUUUGAAAUGUUGGUACAUGAACCAACAAAAUAAUGUGAGAUGGGGAAGAGCUCUCUCGGAUGCGUACAGAUUGAAGUGCGGUGUAAGGCAGGGUGGUUUGACUUCGCCGAAACUCUUCAAUCUGUACGUGAACGAGCUGGUUGUUGCGCUCAGCAGUAAACCAGUCGGGUGUCAUGUCGACGGCAUAUGCGUGAAUAACAUAAGCUAUGCCGACGAUAUGGUGCUCCUGGGUCCAACGGCGGGCUCAAUUGCGGAGUUGCUUCGAACUUGUGAACAGUACACAAGUUCUCACGGCCUUGUGUACAACUGUGCCAAGAGCGAGUUCUUGAUCUUUGGGGUCCCUGGUAAGGGCAUGUCCUACGAACCAAAGAUAAGUCUGAACGGGUUGCCCCUGAAAAGGGUAGAUAAAUUUAAAUAUCUAGGACAUUACCUGACGGGUGAUCUCAAAGAUCAAAUUGAUAUUGAUCGAGAACGUAGGGCGUUGGCUGCCAGAUGUAACAUGUUGGCACACAGAUUUGCCCGUUGUAGUGAGGAAGCCAAAAUUACAUUAUUCAAGGCUUACUGUCAAUCCUUCUACACGGGUGGUCUGUGGGUGAACUAUACGCAGAAGGCACUCAGCGCCCUGCGUGUUCAAUAUAAUAACGGUUUCAGAAUGCUGAUGGGACUACCACGGCAUUGUAGCGCAUCCUCGAUGUUUGCUCUAGCGGGAGUAGAUGACUUUUUUGCUGUGAUGCGAAACAAAAAGGCGUCACUACUCUCGAGGCUGCGUUCUAGUCCUAACAGCAUUCUGAAAAUGUUUGCGGCUAAGCUUGAUGCGCCGAUGCUUCAACAUUUUAUCCAGGUUCUGGUGAGAUCAUGAGGUUAUCGGCGCCUCGAGCAGUAAGUUGCAUAUACGUGUUCUUGUGUUUGCCAAUGUAUUGUCCCGUAAUUUGUACCUACUAACAAUAGCUUUAAGUUUAAAUG